AUGACCAAGAGGAACUCUCCGGGGCCCUCGAGCUCCGAACCGCCGCGGAAACGUCCACUGAGCAUCGACGCGAAUGGCAAACCCAGGUUUCGCGGAUGCGACAGUAUCAAGGCUUACGAAAUAUUGGAGAAGCUUGGUGAGGGAACUUUUGGGGAAGUACAUAAGGCUCGACAUAGAUCUACCGGCGCUCUGGUUGCCUUGAAGAAGAUUUUGAUGCAUAACGCUAAGGAGGAUGGGUUCCCGAUUACCUCCCUGCGCGAGAUCAAGAUUCUCAAGGCGCUUUCGCACAAGAAUAUUAUACCAUUAAUGGAAAUGGCGGUCGAACAGGAGCGCGGACCGGCUACCAGAGGGACUCUUUACAUGGUCUUUCCUUAUAUGCAUCAUGACUUGGCUGGCUUGCUGGAGAAUCCGGAUGUCACGUUUAGUGAGCCGCAGAUUAAGUGCUAUAUGAUUCAAUUGUUGGAGGGGACAAAAUACCUUCACCAGGUAUUUGUUUUGAACCUUUCGGAAAUCCGAAGAUCGGCAAACUUGCUUAUCGACAACAGAGGGAUAUUGCAAAUUGCCGAUUUCGGUUUAGCAAGGAAAUUUGAAGAGCCAGUUCCUGUGCCUGGCGGUGGCGGCGGCGUCGCUGAGAGAGACUACACUAACUGCGUUGUUACUCGUUGGUAUCGGCCGCCUGAGUUACUCCUGGGCGAGCGAAAGUACACUUCAGCGAUCGAUUUGUGGGGAGUUGGAUGCGUUUUUGCGGAAAUGUAUAGAGGCAGACCGAUACUCCAGGGGAAUACCGAUAUGGACCAGGUGGUCAAGAUCUUCCAACUUUGCGGGUCGCCUACCCAGAAGAAUAUGCCCGGGUUUGAUAGGUUGCCCGGUUGUGAGGGGGUGAAGUCGUUUGGCCCAUUUCAACGAACAUUGGAGGGGCAUUAUAGCUCAAUGGGUAGCGCGGGUGUAUCGUUGUUGUCGCAACUGCUGAAGCUCGAUCCUCAGAGACGGAUUAAUGCCAUGGAUGCUCUUAAACAUGAGUACUUUACCACGGAUCCCCUUCCAGCGAAGCCAAGCGAUUUGCCAUCUUUUGAAGAUAGUCACGAACUUGAUAGGAAAAAGUUUCGCCAUCAGAAAGCGCAUCUCCCACCUGCACCCGCAGGUGGUACCGUUGGCAUUGGUCAGGAUGGGGCCGGGGGGUGGAAUGGAAGGGCCGGUGAGGUACCAUGGGCAAACGGUACCGGGGCGGGGCCUAGUCGGGGGGGUCGCCCAAACAACGAGCCAUGGGUAAACGGUGGAAGUCAGCGUUACGGGCGCCAGCACGAUAACCGGAUGCCACCCCAUGAUAGCCGGGUCCUGCCAGGGCAUCGGCCAGCUCCAGAUCAUCGACAAUGGAGUCGUCCUGGGGGGUUGGAUCAUCGCGAGUUAGGAUUACCGCCUCGACCGCCCCAGGCCGGACACAUGGAUAGGGAGCCCAGAGGUCCCCCUCUCAGGACCAAUCGGGGUAACGGAGGCGGCAAUGUUGAUACCUAUAUACCAUCUUACGGAGGUGGGGGGCCAGAUGACCGUCGCGGUAAUAAUAGGAGUAGGGACUGGGAUCGGAGCGACCGGGAUAGAGGUGAUAGGGACCGUGGUGACAGAGGCGAUAGAGGUGAUCGCAGGGAUAGAGGACAUGAUCGGGGUUACAAUGGAGGCGGGGGUGGAGGCCCAGGUGGUGGAGGUGGAGGUGGCAUCCAACGACGAAGUUCCAGUCGGGACCGUCACCGGGAGGAACCUGUCAACAAUAUCUAUCGCCGAUAA